GUUUAAAAUAGCUUAUAUAAGAUGAUAAUAAAUUAUUUUCAGCUUAUUUCAAUAAUUAUCAUGAUAAUUUAUUUUUGCCUCAAGGAGAAUAAAUAAUAGAAAACAAUGUAAAGGUAGUGUUAAGUUAGUUUAUUGACGUGGAAGCAGUUUAAGAAGCGCGCCAAUAUCUCAUUCCCUUUCCUUCUACGAAACUUUCGCAUCUUCACUUUCUCUCUCAAUUGCUCAAUCCAAUUUUCCUCUGAAACUAAUCACACACAUGUUCAUGCAAAUUUCACACACCCUUUUACCAAUUUUCAAUCUUUUUAAGAUAGGUAUGAGAAUUCUUCAUCUGGGUUGUUCUCAGAUUUUGAAUCUAUAGAACCCAAUAGUACCAUAUUUGAAUCUGAAGCAUUUUUGGGAAAUUUUUCAUCUUGAGGUUUUUGGAGACUUUGAUGAGAGGCCCAAGUAGAAAGUAUGACGCUUGAGCUUUGUCUUCCUCAGUGGUUUCCUCACAAUUUCUUUCAGAUGGAAUGGCAGAUCUUGCUAGUUAUGGGAUUCCUGAACGUGAUAUUGAACAAGCAUUCCUUACUUUAAAAAGAGGAACUCAGUUAGUUAAGUAUAGUAGAAAAGGGAAGCCAAAGCUUUGUAAUUUCCGGCUUUCACAGGACGAAACAUCACUGAUUUGGAUUUCUCAUGGAAAGGAAAAGAAUCUGAACUUGUCUUCUGUUUUGCGCAUCAUCUCAGGACAGAGAACAGCUGUCUUUAGAAGAUAUUUGCGCCCUGAAAAGGAUUAUCUCUCAUUUUCACUUAUUUAUAAAAAAGGCGAGCGGUCACUUGAUCUGAUCUGUAAGGAUACAGCUGAGGUUGAGAUUUGGCUUUCGGGCCUUAAGGCAUUAAUUUCUACUGGACCGGGUAGAAGGCGGCGCACUAGAAGUGAAUUAACAGAUGAUAGUGAUGAAUUUUCUCUGAAUGGUCGUCCUUUUGGUGGAGCAUUAGAGUUUUCUUCAGCUAUUUCCAAGAGCAGGUUUUCUUUUGAAACAUCUUCUUGUGAAUCCACGUCGUAUAGAGGAAGAUCAGAUGUGGGGUCAGAUCAUGCAAGUAUGCCAGUAAGGACGAGUGUUGGAGAUGGUUCCCGUGUUAGUGUGUCAGGUGUUAGCUAUGUUAGUAGUGUAGGAUCAGGAGGACCAGAUGACAUAGAGUCGCUAGGUGACGUUUUCAUAUGGGGAGAGGUUUGGGCCGAUGGGAAUUCCUCUGAUGGGUUAGGGAGUCAAGUCCCUUCCAAGACAGAUGUCCUGACUCCUAAGUCAUUAGAGUCUAAUGUUGUUCUUGAUGUUCAUCUAAUAGAACCUGGGGUAAAUCACAUUGCUCUGGUAACACGGCAAGGAGAGGUUUUUACCUGGGGAGAGGACUCUGGCGGAAGACUUGGGCACGGGUUUGAUAAAGAUUUUGGUAAACCGAAUCUUGUCGAGUCCCUAGCAAUUACUAAUAUGAGUUUAGUUGCAUGUGGUGAAUAUCAUACAUGUGCGGUAUCUACUUCCGGGGAUUUAUACACCUGGGGUGAUGGGGCACAUAACGCUGGACUUUUAGGCCAUGGAACUGAUGUUAGCCAUUGUAUACCGAAGCGACUCACUGGGAUUUUAGAAGGACUUCAGGUUAUAUCUAUAGCAUGUGGCUCAUGGCAUACAGCAUUGAUAACCGCCAAUGGGAAACUUUUUACUUUUGGUGAUGGAAUGCUUGGUGUAUUGGGGCAUGGAAAUAGAGAGAGCGUGUCGUAUCCAAAAGAGGUACAGUUAUCUAUUGGACAUAAGGCUAUUCAGGUUGCAUGUGGAGUGUGGCACACGGCAGCCAUUAUAGAGGUCACGGAUCAACCGGGUUCAUAUACUUCUCCAUCAAAGAGGAUAUUCACGUGGGGCGAUGGUGAUCACUAUCGUCUAGGUCAUGCUAACAAGGAAACCUGCCUUCAACCGACUUGUGUGGCUGCACUUGCUGAAUAUAAUUUUCACCAGGUUGCUUGUGGGCAAAGUUUGACUGUUGCACUAACCGCAUCCGGCCAUGUAUUUAGUAUGGGAAGCACGGCAUACGGUCAACUAGGAAAUCCAAACUCUGAUGGAAAAGUGCCGAUUCUAGUAAGAGAUAAGUUACAGGGUGAAUCUGUUGAGGAAAUAUCGUGCGGCGCACAUCAUGUUGCGGUAUUAACUUCAAGAAGUGAACUAUAUACUUGGGGGAGAGGUGCCAAUGGAAGAUUAGGACAUGGAGACAUAGAUGAUCAGAAAACUCCAACAUUGGUGGAAGCCUUGAAAGAAAGGCAUGUGAAGAAUAUUGCAUGUGGCGCAAAUUUUACGACUUGUAUAUGCAUACACAAAUGGGUUUCUGGGAAUGACCAAUCGGUUUGCUCCGGUUGCAGACAACCAUUCGGUUUUACUAGAAAAAGACAUAAUUGUUAUCAUUGUGGGUUGGUGUAUUGCCAUCCUUGUAGUUCGAAAAAAGCCCUUAAAGCAGCAUUGGCUCCAACACCUAGCAAACCCCAUCGUGUGUGUGAUGCUUGCUAUGCUAAGCUUAAAGGUUCUGAUAGUGGUAACAGUUCCAGUUAUAAUCGAGAAAUUACUCGUCCUUCUAGUUCCACUUAUGGAAGGGAAAGAUAUGACAGGGGAGAGGUAAGGACUUCAAGUAUUCUCUUGUCUUCUGUCACUGGUCUGGCGAAAUACUUCGACAUAAGGAGUAAUGGGCUUGGAAGUGCACUUGAUUUGUCUUCCAUGGCUAGAGACACUCAAGUUCCGUUGCGUUUACAAUUGAAAGAUGUCAUAUUUCCUGGUUCAUCAAGUACAACGCAGACUGCUUCGAGGCCUCUUAUUGUGCAGCAAAGUAAUCCCCCAACCCCACCUUCAUUGGUUAAUUCAAGACCAACCUCUCCGUAUUCAAGAAGACCGCCAAGCCCGACACGUUCUAUCUCCCCUGGAUUUUCAAGAAGCCUUAUUGAUAAUUUAAAGAAGAAAAAUGAGCUUUUGAAUCAAGAAGUCUCAAAGUUGCAAAACCAUAUUCGAAGUUUAAAGCAAAAAGGUGACAUGAAAGAUAUGAAGAUUCGCGAGCUUCAGAAAAAUAUUCAAGAAGCCAAUCUACUGGCUGGAGAGGAAUCUUUUAAGCAUAGAGAGGCAAGGGAUUUCAUCAAGUCCAUGACAGAUGAGUUGACGGAAGUGACUGAAAAGUUGCCACCAGAGAAUCCUGGAUGUGAAACCUUGAAAGAGAUCAAUGCUCAAGCUCAAUGUAUGCUGAAAGACAACGUAGAAUUUGAAUCUCCCUUCCAACCGAGCUUUGAGUCUGAGCAACAAAGCGCGCCUGAUAUAUCAGAAUCAGAUAGCGAAUCUUCAAACCUGCAAAGAAUCAAAGGAAAUGGCGAAGUUUCUGAGGCUGUUCCAUCUGUAGAUGGAGGAAACGUUCAGCACGAAAGCAACAGCUCAUAUUUAUCUAGUACAGGAGUGUCUCCACCAAGCUCGGAAACUAGUUCCAGAUCAGCUGACUCACACAGGAUUGUGCAAGAAGGAGAAACAUCGGUCAUUGAACAAUUCGAACACGGUGUUUAUAUCACAGUCAUAGUACUAUCUGAUGGAAGCAAAAUUUUCAAACGUGUUAGAUUCAGUAAGCGAAGAUACAAUGAGCAACAAGCAGAAGAAUGGUGGAACAAAAACAAAGAUAGGGUGUUUAGAAGAUACAGUCCACCACAAGAAAUUAUUGGUUCAUCUAGCACCCCACCUCAUGGUGAAGGAAAUAUUGAGACAUCACCUUCUUCUUAAACUUAUCUCUCUGGUCUACAAUGUCACCACAGUGGUCAAGUUAAAUGACCAAAAUGGAAGCAGAACCAACCAACCAAGUGUAGAGAAUUAUGAAAAUUAGUGCAAACUUUACAUUACGAAGCAAUUAUGAGGCACAGGCACUUACACAGACACCAGACAUGACUCUAACACUAACACGUACACACCGUAAAGAAAUAACAGUAAUCAAAUGUAAUCAUGUAUAUUGGUGUCAGACACCUGAUACAAAAUUUUGUCAAAUGUGAUUUAGCAAACUCUACAGUAGGGCACACAACUAUUCCUAAAGGAUAUUGUUCUGUUCGGAAAUCAGAAUUGUUGAUGCAGGUUCUUGAUGAGGUGGUGCAAGCUACUCCGGUGCGAUUGCAUGGGAUGGAUUUGAAAGUUUAGCACUCCAAUGCCCAAGUGAGUUCAUAAAUAAAGAGAUAGAGUGAGUUAUAAAUAGAAUCAUACCUUUUUGCCGCUCACGCAUUGGUAUAGA